CUCACAAGGCGCUUUCAGAUUUGCUCGAUCUACGUUACACUUCAGCAGAAUCCUAGGCUAUGAAUAUGAAGUUUCUUCUGCCCGUCCUUGGUAUCCGGCUUCGGCCGGCGGUCCUUUGUGCCGCUGGCAUUUCAGCCGUAGCUGUCACUUCUUUUCUUGUUUACAGGUGGCGUGUUCGGGAUCGGCAGCAGGCGGUAGAAGAAGCUGCGACCCACACUGAGCCCAGCGACCAACUGGAGGAUCGGGAGCCUUUUCCGUUGGAUCAGGACACGUUUGAAACGACCUGUACUCUGAUCCUAAAGCCUCUCCAAGCUCUGCACAACGCAAACAGGAUGUUUGCCUACACCUUCUCGCAGAUGUUUUAUGCAGAUACAAAGAUGGUAGAGGUGAAGCUCCAGCACAAAUCCAUCUACAGUGGGCUGGAGAGCGAGCACUGGUGGGUGCUCAGCAAUGCGUUUUACCACGUGUGUGCAGAGCUUACCCUCCAGAACUUUGCCAACGUUAAUGCUGUGGCCUGCAUCAAGCGCAGAGGAACCGGCAUCACUGGGGCGACCUUCUACCUGUGCGCCGAGUCAACAGAGUCAUCGGUGCAGAAUAUUUUUCUGCAAACCAUGGUGUCCAUGACGUUUAAGGGUGUUUCCAUCGAUUCAGAUGGCCUUUUCAGGUCAUCUGAGUACAGUCACACCCAGACCGUCGAGACGCCGCACCCCGCUGUGUUUUCUAACGGACCAUGAUCACCAAGAGGACCCCCUCCACCUCCUCCUCCAGGCUUUUAAUAACCCACAGAACACUUUGAUUGACAUUAUACACAUUUAGGAUUUAU